AUGGAUACCCUUUCAAGCUCUGUCUCAACCCUCAAAGUCCCUACCCUUCUUUCAUCAACAUCAUCUCGUGAGCUCCAUCAAUUCAAUCCUCAAAGUCCCAGAACACACAAACUUCCUCCACAAUCCCACCUUCACUCCACCAUCAAACCCAACUUAAUCUCCAACAAAACCCCCUCUUUCUCUCACAAGCUUGUCUCUUUAUCUUCAACCCCCUCAUUCUUGAACUCCUCUGCAACCCUCUCUCUCAAUUCUUCAUCAUCCUCUGAUCUCCAUAGAAAACCAGCAACUGGGUAUGCCGCUGCUCUGCUAGACAUAGCUCAAUGCAACAGUUCUGUUCAUUUGGUUGAGAAGGACAUUCAGAGGUUCUUGAAAUUGCUCCACAAUAAGCAAGUCCAAGCUGCCUUGGCCAACCCUUUUGUGGGUGAGAAAGAAAAGGGCCAAGUAGUGAACUUGGUGGCUGAGAAAGGGAGAUUCAAUAGGCAUUUGGUGGGUUUGGUGAAGAUGCUGGUUAGGAAAAAUAAGGUGGGGAUUGUGAAAGAAGUGUUGGAGGAGUUCCAGAGGAUUUACAAUGAGUUGUCUGGGACUGCUAAGAAGGUAAAGAAUUUGGUUCAUGAAAGCUUACUUUCAUUUGCUGUGUGA